GUUUUGUAAAUGAAUUUAUGCAUAUUAUUAUUUUAUUUUAUACUGUAAUGUCCGUAACUAUCUGUAAUAUUCUGAUAUAAUGUUUUCCGAGGCACCCUGAAGUGCACCCAACAUUACUGUCACGUGACGCGGGAGUGAGAUAGAGAGGCACAGCCUGCCGGGAGCCAAAAGUUGUGUUCGUGCUGUGCUCCAUGUGUUAAUAAAGAAACAAAGUUGUCAGCAUGUCGUGUGUUCGAUACGUUUGUCAACAAAAAGCACAAAACAAGACGCUAUUCACAGUCCCUUUAAGAGAUGCUGGGACUGGAGAGCUGUGAGUAGUAGGAAGCGAGGGGGAGACGGGCGAGAAGCAAAAGUUUGCGGUCGAAUGUGGCGGCAGCCCACUGUUAUUUUGUUUAUUGUUUUCUUAUUGUUGCACCGCAACAAUUUCAAUUCCAAUUCGGGGCUAUUACAAUAUAUUAAAAAAAAAAAAAAAAAAAACGUUUUUAUAUUACUAUUAUUUUGUAUACACAAGAGGUGCCGGAUCUGCCCAAAUAAGUCCCUGGACACAGGGAGGCCAAAAAUAAAAAGGUGCCGGAUGUUGUUCCGGCAAGAUCCGGCACAAAUUAAACCCUGCCUAAAAUCAACAGGAAAUGAUCCAAAAUGUACAGGAAGUGACCCGUAAGCAACCUAAAAUGACAAGAAGUGACUCAAAAUGAACUCUGGGAGGGGCAAAUGAACUCGCCCCUUCCCAGUCAAAAUGAAUUGGACGUUUAGCGCCGUCAGUGGCAGCCAGUGAGUUAACUUAUUUGGCGAAAACAUGAAAUCUAAUUCCCAUUAUGGGAGAGGUGAGAGAGGAGAUGCUUCCCAAGCACAUCCAUCAGUGAGGUAGGACAUCUAGCACCCCCCUCCUCUAAGUUCCCUCAUGGUACAUUCCAGUGAGAUGUCAGAGGUGUUUAAACGAGGCAGAUCAGCUCCAAAGGCAGCUAGUGCAGCGACAGCUGGCCUCAACCAGGAGAGGGCAUGUAAGGGGGAGUUCAUGGAUCUGCUGGACAACCUUUUUGUAUGUAUUACAAGGAUGGAGCAAGAAGGAAGAUUAUCGUCGAUCUCCGCGGUACCCGCCACCUCCUGACUUCCCAGCAUUCCUUGCCUGGGAUCCCCGUGGCCUUGAAACAGUCCAUAGACCUACGCACAUCUAUGGAUGGCAAGUACAAGGAAAUUGCCGAGGAACUCUUCUCCCGCAGCCUGGCAGAUAGCGAGAUGCGUAGCGCUCCUUAUGAAUUUCCAGAAGACAGUCCCAUUGAACAGUUAGAGGAGAGACGCCAUCGCCUGGAGCGGCAGAUAAGCCAAGAUGUCAAGUUUGAACCAGACAUCUUGCUGCGAGCUAAACAGGAGUUUAUGAAGACAGACAGCGCCACAGAUCUCGAAUACAUGAAGCAGCAGAGUCAAGCGCCAGACCUGCUGGAGAGAGAGCUGCUCCCUGAGAGGGAGUACCAACGAGUUACUAUCUCUGGAGAAGAGAAAUGCGGCGUACCAUUCACAGACCUGCUGGAUGCUGCAAAGUGUGUGGUGAAAGCCCUGUUCAUAAGACAGAAGUAUAUGGGCCAGUCGUUGCAAAGCUUCUGCCGAACCACCGCCCGAUACCUGCAGGAGCUAAGCGAGCGACCCCUUGAUUUAACCAUCUAUGAGGAGGAAAUCCAAGAGACAACGGAGGCCACUGUCACCGCAGAUGCCACAGUGCACCCACCCGUUUCUGGAACUCACCCGUACAAGAACAAGGAUCCCGCGAGUAUGCCCCCCGACAUCGGCUACGGCUGCAAGAUGGUGGAUGGCGUCAUGCACGUGUAUACAUCAACGCAGACCAUGGACAAGACCACAGAGCUGGACCUGCCAUAUCCCGACCUGCAGGAAUACAUCGCUGACAUGAACGUCAUGAUGGCCCUCAUUAUCAACGGACCGGUGAAGUCCUUCUGCUACCGCCGCCUGCAGUAUCUGAGCUCCAAGUUCCAGAUGCACAUUCUAUUGAAUGAGAUGAAAGAGUUAGCAGCACAGAAGAAAGUCCCACACCGAGACUUCUACAACAUCCGGAAGGUGGACACGCACAUCCACGCUUCCUCCUGUAUGAACCAAAAGCACCUUCUGCGUUUCAUCAAAAGAGCCAUGAAGAAGUAUCCCCGGGAGAUCGUGCAUGUGGAGAAAGGCAAAGGUCAGACGCUCAUGGAGGUGUUCGAGAGUAUGAACCUGACGGCUUUUGACCUCAGCGUGGACACCUUGGACAUGCACGCGGAUCGCAACACUUUCCAUCGAUUUGACAAAUUCAAUGCCAAAUACAAUCCCAUUGGCGAAUCCAUCCUGAGAGAGAUCUUCAUCAAAACGGACAAUCAUGUGGAAGGGAAAUACUUUGGUCACAUUAUUAAGGAAGUGAUGGCCGACCUGGAAGAGAGCAAGUACCAGAACGUGGAGCUCAGAUUAUCCGUAUAUGGCCGUUCCAGAGACGAAUGGAACAAGCUGGCCAAGUGGGCCGUCAGACACCAGGUCUACUCGGACAAUGUGCGCUGGCUCGUGCAAGUGCCGCGACUUUUUGAUGUCUACCACACAAAGAAGCAGCUGUCCAACUUCCAGGAGAUGCUGGAGAAUAUUUUCCUCCCUCUCUUUGAAGUCACAAUCCAUCCAGGCAGACACCCGGAGCUGCACCUCUUGCUUCAGCACGUGGUGGGUUUUGACAGUGUGGAUGAUGAGUCCAAACCAGAGCAACAUAUCUUCAACCUGGAUAGCCCGCUGCCAGCCACGUGGACUGAAGAGGACAAUCCGCCCUACUCCUACUACCUCUACUAUAUGUAUGCGAACAUGACAGUUCUGAAUCACCUACGCAGGCAACGAGGUUUCCACACCCUGGUACUACGUCCUCAUUGCGGCGAGGCAGGCCCCAUCCAUCACCUGGUGUCCGGUUUCAUGCUAUCUGAGAACAUCUCCCACGGGCUUCUGCUACGCAAGGCUCCUGUACUUCAGUAUUUGUACUAUUUGGCCCAGAUUGGUAUCGCCAUGUCACCACUCAGCAAUAACAGUCUAUUCCUCAGCUACCAUCGUAACCCUUUGCCCGAGUACCUUUCCAGAGGCCUCAUGGUCUCCUUGUCCACGGACGACCCUUUGCAGUUUCACUUUACCAAGGAACCCCUGAUGGAGGAGUACAGCAUUGCCGCUCAGGUGUGGAAGCUGAGCUCUUGUGAUAUGUGCGAGCUGGCCAGAAACAGUGUGCUGAUGAGCGGAUUCUCUCACAAGGUGAAGAGUUACUGGCUCGGACCGGACUAUGUCAAAGAAGGUCAGGAAAGCAACGACAUCAGGCGAACGAAUGUUCCGGACAUCCGGGUGGCGUAUCGCUACGAAACCAUGUGCGAAGAGCUCAAUUUGAUAACGCAGGCCAUCCGCACGGACGAACUCGACACCAUUGUGGAAGAGGAGAGCCUGAGCAUGGCUGCCGCUCAAGGAAAGCAAUAAACAUUGUUUUUCAACAUUUGUGUCAAAAUAGCUGAACCUCUGUGGCAAACUGAAAAAGUUGCCAGAAAAAAAACUGAAAAUAACAAUUUCAGUUGUUAUUGUGAAGCCACUUGUCUUUUUAUUUUUUUACUGUGUUCGUGGCCAUAUCUUGUCCAUGCUUGUGCACUUGUGUAAAUCUAAGAUCAUGUUUAAGAGGCCAUCCAUGUUCACUCGUGUGAUUAUUGCAUGAAUUGUUACCGCGGUUUCCCCUUUGCACGUGGUCAACUGUUGCCAAAGCCAUCCAAUCGUGAAUCAUUUUGGGAAAUGUAAGUUACUGGAGAAACUGUAAUGUCAUGGAAUGUGUGCUUGUGUCUUCCGUAGAAUUACACAUUGCAAUUCAAGGGAAUGUUUUUCUUCUUUCUGGUGAUCUGUUUUGUGAAAUACAAGUGUUACUGUAAUAAUAAAU